CCAUUAAAAUUACUUCUUGUCAAGUUCAACAUAACCUAAGUUUUAAACUUCAAAGUUUUAUUGAAACCCCGCAAAAAUAGUGAUGCCAGUCGAUAUAAAGGAAUUAACGGAAGGUUGGUUAGAAUUAGAAAGUGAUCCCGGGCUAUUUACCCUCCUCUUAGAAGAUUUCGGUGUAAAAGGAGUCCAAGUAGAAGAAAUUUACGACCUAAACAAACCCUUAGAUAGUCCUGUAUACGGAUUUAUCUUUUUAUUCCGAUGGAUCGAGGAACGAAGAUCGCGGCGAAAAGUCGUGGAACAAACGGAAGUGUUUGUAAAAGACGAAGACAUCGUGAACAACAUUUUUUUCGCCCAACAAAUGGUCCCGAAUAGUUGUGCUACUCACGCGUUGAUUUCGAUACUUUUAAAUUGCCCCAAUAUUCAUUUAGGGGACACUUUGAGUCGGUUAAAACAGCACACUCACGGGAUGUCCCCUGAAAAUAAAGGAUGGGCCAUCGGGAACACGCCAGAAUUAGCAUGUGCUCAUAAUUCGCAUGCAAUGCCCCAAGCUAAACGGAGAUUAGACAAAACCGGGGGUGGUGUAUCAACUGGGAGAUUCACCGGGGAAGCUUUUCAUUUCGUUAGUUUCGUUCCAAUAAAUGGGAGAUUAUUUGAAUUGGAUGGAUUAAAACCUUUUCCAAUCGAUCAUGGUCCUUGGACCAUCGAAACAGGGGAUUGGACUGAAAAAUUUCGAGGUGUUAUGAGCGACCGGCUUGGUUUAACAGCUGGGGAACAAUACCAUGAUAUUCGUUUUAAUUUAAUGGCGGUAGUUCCUGAUCGGCGAUUAGCGAUAACUCACAAAUUAAAAAUGCUUAAAACUAAUAAACAAAUCGUUUUAGACGCUUUACAACAACUCAUGAAGAUUAAACAUUCAGAUAAAGACAAAGAAAAAAUUAAUAAAGAAGAAAUCCAUAAAAAAGAAGAAGAAAAAACCGAAAUAAUCGAUUUAGUUGAUUCAGAAAACGCCGAAAUUAACGAAGUUAAAAACGAACCCGAAAUUAAAGAUAAAGUUUUAAUGUGUCCAUUAGAUUAUUCAACCCCAUUAACGAUUCAAACCUCACCGGCUCCGAGUACUUCAAGUACGGAUACAUCAUCCGAGGUUGGGUCAGCUUUUAAUUCGCCUACGACGGCGUGGAAUUGGACCGCACCUCAAAAUAGCCCCAGUUCCCGCGAUUUUAAACGAUUCGUCGUUUUAAAAAUGCCCAACGAUGAGAGUAAAGAAAAAAUUGGGAUUAAUAUCAAUGGAAAAAGGAUUAAUGAGGAAUCCCAAAAGAAAUCUUACAACACCGGUCACGCAAGAGUACGAACCAGCGAUGGGGACACCGUCGUUGCGGAGAAAAAGAACGAGUUAUUAGAAACGCACACUUUUGCCCCUCAAGAUUUAUUGGCGUUGUUAAGGAAUUUGGAGCACGAAAUUUGUUUGUGCGAAAUGAAUUUAAAGGAUGAAAAUGAUAAACAAAAUAAAUAUAAAAUUGAUGAUUGUCGAAGAACGUACAAUUACGAUGAAUUUAUUUGUACCUUUUUAUCAAUGUUAGCCGAACAAGGUAAAUUGGCUGAUUUAGUCGAGCAACAUUUGAUCACGAAGCGUCCCAACGCUGUUCCCGCGCCGAAAUCGACGAAAUCAACACGAAAAAAAGAUCACGGGCGAAGAAAGAAAGGAAGGGCUAAAGUUAAGAAACGAAGAUGAACUUUUUAUUCGAAAUGAUUUUAAUAUAAUUUACAAUAAUUAAUUUAAGUAAAAAUUUUUAACCUCAUAAUUUUUUGACAUUUUGAUAGAUUUGAAUCGAAAUACUUUUUGACACGAAAUUAAACGCUCGUCAUCAGUUUAACAUCGGUUAGGAGUUUGGUAUGGUGAUGGUGUUCGAUCGUUUUGGCCAAUUCUUGUCCCUCGACUUUACCGUUAUCUCUAAAGGCACGGAAGUCCCAAACUUUACUGUACUCUUGCGGUUUCUUGGAUGUGAGGUCAAAGUUUGACCUAAAACUUGUAAUUUCUAGUUUCCUAUUCAGUAAUUUCCCCCCUAAAAUUUGAUCGCUAAUAGAAAAUUCCAAUUGA